CUUUGUUCUAUCAGUGUUGCCUCUAAAAUAAGUACACAAAAUCCCUUUCGAUGUUUUCUCAAACAAAAAAUUGUUAAAUGUUUCCUCUUUUGUCCCGAAAAAAGAGUCCAAGAAGUGAACUGUCUUAGUCCAUAGUUAAGGUCCAGGCUAUUAGCUAUGUUGAACCACUGCAGAUCGUUUAAAGAGCCCCGAACGAAUGCUCGCUCUCGAUUCGGUUGGCAGAAGUCCAAAAUAGCCAAGAAACCUAAGACUUGUGGCCCUCCGGAUAUGCUAAAUUCCUGUAUAUAUUCAAAAAUUUAUCGAGGAAUGCCUAAUAAAUAUACCAGGGGAUGUGGAAGGCAAAUAAUUGAUCGCCCGGAUGCUGGUCAGGAUAAUCCUCGAGAGUAUAAAAGGAAGGAAUUAAAUGAGGAAUAUUCGGACUCCCUUCUGCAGGACUACCCGGAAUAUGAAGACUCUGACAGUCAGCAAUUAAAUUGUGACUAUUGGGAACCGUGCCGAUGCUGUGGACAUCCACCGCCACUACCACCACUGCAGAAAUGCCGUGAACGACUACCAAAAGCACCACCGCAUAGAAGCCGUGAACGGGUCUCAAAAGCACCACCGCAAAAAUGCCGUGAACGGCACACACCAACAUCAUCUCGAAGGUGCUACGAAGAGGAGCCACCAUCGCCAUCUCGGAGGUGCUGUGACCAGCAGCCAUCACCACCACGGAGGUGCUGUGACCAGCGGCCAUCACCACCACCUCGGAGGUGCUGUGAACCCCAGCCACCAUCACCAUCUCGGAGGUGCUGUGAACCCCAGCCACCAUCACCAUCUCGGAGGUGCUGUGACCAGCAGCCACCACCACCACCUCGGAGGUGCUGUGACCAGCAGCCUCCACCACCAUCUCGGAGGUGCUGUGAACCCCAGCCACGGCCACCUUCUCAGAGGUACUGUUGCCAGGACAAUCCACCACCUCCUCAGAGGUACUAUUGCCAGGAAAAUCCACCACCACCUCCGAGGUGCUGUUACCAGGACACUUCUUUUGCCAUUUGCCUGGACAAGGAUGCCAGGAAAUGUAAACCGAAAUGUCGGCGUAAAAGAAAAUGCUGCAGGCCGAUAAAAUGCUGCUCGUGCGAGUGCAUGUGCCUGGUGACCCACGAAGUAAGUGUCCAAACCGAGCCUGAACCUCCUUGCCCUGAACCUCCGGUUCCCGAUCGAAUUGAGAUCAUCGAUGUGACGACACAGGAAAGGGAGGUGAGACACCGUAAUGGCGAGGUGGAGGUUCUAGUUGAUGAGAUACAAACCGUCACAGUUGUCCCGAACGAUGGCAGUAAGCCCACAAAGAGUCAGGUAACGAGUCGCGUCGUGUCAUCCAAUCCCGAUGAUCCCCAACGCGUUCAGACCCAUUUCAAAGAAGAGAUCGAUCCUGACUCAAUAGUUGUUCCUGACAAGGCAGUGAGAUAUUCGGUGCUAGAGCCGAUAAUGACAAACCUAAAUGAUCUACCCACACCCCCAUCGGAACGGCGCCUCUACCGAACUAAUGAGAAAUUUGAGAAGGAAAAUGAGUAUAAAAGUGGUAAGAAGGAAGGAAAGACAGUUCUCGACGGAAGCGAAGAGGUGAGGGACUCGAAGGGCGCACUCUCCGGCGGAUCCGAACAGGUUAGGUACUCAAAUGCCACACUGCCCCGCGGACCCGAAGAGGUUAGGUACUCGAAGGGCUCACUGCCCGGCGCUCCAAGUCCGCCAGUCAAACCAAUCGCCUCCAAACGUCCAUCCAAUAUCCCAUCGCCCUCCAACAGGGAAAAGAAAAAAUCUAUUGCGAACAACAGCCCAAUAAGAAGGCCCGUUUCCAUGUAAGGUUUUGAAUAUCUCAAAGAAAAAUUUGAAGGAGAACACUAGGAGGCAAACAGCUAAGUCGAUAGCCUUCAAAAAUACGAAACAAAACUGGAAAGAGCCAACAAGAGCAUCCACUAUGAAAAAACACUCGAAAGCCAAUUUGGUGCCUAAGCCAGUAGCCUUCAAAACUAUAAAACUGCACCCGAAAGAUAACCAACCGAAGGUAGCACACUCGCAUGCUGUAUUGGUUCACCAAUUUGAAAAGCAAAAUCAGGAUUUAGAAGAGCAACCGGAAACCUCAAGAAUGAUAGAAGACGAGGAAGGAAAUUUGGUGGCUAAACCCUUGGCCUCCGACUUUAGUCAGAAGAGCACCAUUCACGUAAAGGUGACCAAUAGACAGCAGACACUUUCACAGAAGGCCGGUAGAAAAUCCAUCCACCAGGAUGCAGUUUUCGAGACCAAGAUUUCCGAAUUGCGACUCUUGAGUCCAGUCGAAUCCGAGAUUGAGCCUGAACCCGAACCCAAGCCUAAGAAAAAGGUUAAGAAAGUGCCCAAAAAGGUGUACGGUUAUCCCCCGAAUGAUUUGGUUUGCAGAAUGCAUAGGCCCAUCCGGAGGCAGAGAUGUGAUCCACGUCCCUGCCGAGGAAUAUGUGGAUCAGGAUGCGGAGCGGGAGGCGGAGCGGGAUGCAGAAGGAGUUGCCUGCCCUGCUUUGUUCCCUGCUCCGGUUCUGCGUAUCCACCAUGUGUGCCGCCACCGUGUGCCCCACAAUGUGAUACCAUUUACGGAUUUGGCAGCGUCCCCGCCGCUUACUAUUGUCAUAGGUGAUAGGUGAAGACAGCAAAAAUAGUAAUAGUAAUAGUAAUAAUAUUAAAUUUU